CUGUUGUGGUGCACCAAUUUAGUUGUUCUCUUGCACUGGGUGAUUGGGAAUUUGCACAGAAUAGUUUUGUAUUGCACUGUAUAGCUUAUGUUAUAUCACGUGAUUUGUUACCCCAUUUCCCCACCACAUGGCCUUUCCCUCACCUGUCCCGGUACCCCCUGGUGGUCUCUCCCCUGGGUUACCCUUCCCCUCACCACUCCUCACUGGUGUCCCAUUGGCUGUGGAUCUCUCCCUCUGUCCCCAUCGUGGGGUAUAAAAGCUCCCUGCCACCAGGGAACACCCUCUUUUCUCCCAUGGGUUUGUCUGCCUGAUGUGUGUCUUGGAGCCGGAGUGCACCCCAACAGCCCAGGAAACACGUUUCUUCACACGGCAGGGGAAUUGGGGUUAGAUGAUCGUUAAGGGCCUUUAUUCCAACUCUUUUACAUUCUAUGAUUCUGUGAACAUGGGCAAGUGUGCCUCGCUGAAGGGAAGGAAAAGCCCCUGCCAACCGAACAAACCGACUGUGAAAAGCCACCCUUUCUGACCUCGUGGCUGACCCUCUUUCGAGCAGGGGGGUUAACAGACACCUCCCGAGCUCACUUUCAAACCACGCUAUCCCGAUCUGUCGAUCCAACAAUGAAUGUCAUAUCCAGGUUUGGCGACGGUCACGACACCUACGCCGCAAUACCACAGCGGUGCGCUCCGCACAGGCAGGCCCGGCAGCGCCGCCCCUCCCGCCCGGCGCGGCUCGGCGGGGCCGCGGGGCGGAGCCUGCCCGCGGAAGCUGUUCCGGGCCGCCGGGCAGCCAUGGCGGAUGAGGAGGAGGACGUGCCGUUCGAAGAGGACGCGGAGGACGCCGGCGGGGGCCUGGACGGCGGGCAGGGCAGGAGGAAGCGGCUGUUCUCCAAAGAGUAUGAGAGUGCCAUCCUGGUGCCGGAACAUGCAGGCUGGUGAGCUCUAACUAGAUGUGUGCAGCACUGAGUGGAUGAAAGCCUUACACU